UUAUUUGUGUUAAACAAGAUGGCGGCCCCCUCAGAGUUGUUUUGCUGGAAAGGGAGUUGGGGUUUACCGUCUGUUGAUACUGACAGUCUAAUUGUAUUGGCAUAUGCUCGAUUUGCUGGAACCCCACUAAAAGUACACAAGAUCUCCAACCCCUGGAGGAGUCCCACAGGUUCACUCCCUGCUCUGAAGACCAAAGAAGAUGGAAGCUUCUCUCAACCCAGUAAGAUUAUCAUCCAGCUCCGGAAACAGAAAUACAAUGCAGACUACGAUCUGUCCGCAAAAGAAGGAGCUGACACACUCGCUUUUAUCUCUCUGCUGGAGGAAAAGCUCAUGCCUGCUCUGAUUUAUGCUCUAUGGAUUGAUCCGAAGAACUAUGCUGAGGUGACACGUCACUGGCAUGCGGAGAAUAUAUGCUUUCCAUUGAACUUUUUCCUGCCAAGCCGCAUGCAGGCCCAGCAGCUGGACAGAGUGCGACUUAUGCGGGGAAACAGCACUCUGGAGGCUGGCGAGGAGGCUGAGAAAGAGCUAUACAGUGAUGCCCUGGAGUGCAUGAAUCUUCUCUCUCAACGCCUCGGUUCAAACAGAUUUUUCUUCGGGGACUCGCCCUCCUCCCUUGAUGCCUAUGUGUUUGGCUACUUGGCACCACUACUGAAGAUCAGGCUGCCCAGCAGUAAACUACAGCAGCACCUGACGGCUCUGGAAAACCUGACAACUUUCUGCUCUAAUAUCCUAUCCCUGUAUUUCCCUGAUGAGAAUCAAGAAAGAAUUGGUCAUCCAGCAUCUAAUGUCCAGGAAGGGAGCAACUUUGACCGUGAGCCUUAUAAGAGACGCAAACAGCUGCUUUCAGUCCUGGUAGCUGUAGCAGCCAUGUUGGGCUAUGCUUUUCUCACAGGCAUUGUUGCUAUUGAGCAUGUGAAGGAGGAGGGGCUAACAGGAAACACUACCUCCACUGAUCUUAAUGAUGAGGAGGAGUGAUGGAAGGUGCAGUGGGAAAUAACUUCAUUUGGACAAAAUCUUCACUGGAGAUUUACACUAUGGGGAAUAUUAUAAUUGUGAUUUUUGUUUUUAUAAUGGGAUGCUAGGUUUCUAGUGUCUUCAUUCACUCUUCAGAAGCUUUUCAUUGUAUUGUUUUAAAAGGUACUAUAAAAGGUAUUGUGUUCCAAAAUCAGACUUGAAUUUGAUAAUCUGAUAUGGCCUGUGCUUUUUUUCCCCUGUUUAUCCACUAGAUAUUUAGUCAGAUUACAUUGAUGGACCAGCAUCUCGACUUGCUUAGUAGUCUCUCUUCAUAGUACUUUAGCUUUUUUGCCUUGUUGCAUUGACCACUGAGAGACACAUUCCUGCUUAUCUUUGCGAUGUUCAAGCGAGUCAUGAUGUCCAGCGCUUAGAUCAGAUUUAUUUAUUUUUAAUUAAUAUUGUUGUUUGUUCCAAAGCCUUCAAAACAUGUUGUAUAUAAACAUUAAAACCAAGAGCUUUAAUAAAGUUUGCCUAGUUACAAAAAAAAAAAAAAGACUAGUGGUUUAUUACAUUU